AUGCAUAUGAAUUGUCACUUGGGUGCUCGUCUGAGCAGACAGCCUCUUGAUUGGAUUCCCUCGCUGCGGGUCUGGUAUUAUGUGGGUCUGGUGCGCAAACACGGUUGGUCUCGACUCUGGACUCAGCAUCUUCAGGCCAUCAAGGUUCCUUGCAUCGUUUGCGAAUCUCAAUUCUCAUUUCAACCCCCACCAGCCGCCAGCACAGUUUCUGAAGCCGGCUAUCCAGGCACUAUCGGAUUUCGCAAGGUUGUCAAAGCAACAGGGAUUAUGACCCGGACUAAGUCUGAGAUCAAUGAUGAAGACUUCAUCAAAUGCUACAAUGAGAAGCACCCGCAUGCUGCUGCACCUGUGCUCAUGGAACACAAGAUAAUAUACUGCAGUCUGACAUAUCGUCUUGGGCGAGAUUGCAAGAAAAUGCAGGAUACAUCAAAGGGUAGAGCAAAUCUCUUAGACUACGACGCGAUAUGCACAUUCAAUUUCCCAGACUAUCUGUCGCUCGCCAAGUUUCUCUCUGGCCCGAUGGCAAAGCUCUAG